UUGCUCCCCACUCUACCCACAUAUAUCUCAGUGGCGACGAGUCGUGUCUUACCCGCGCGUAACAAAAAAGUGACAUGGAGCAUUUUUUCGGAAAUUUGUCUGUUUUCGACCAUAAUUCCCAGGAAUGGGAGAUUUUUCAUAGUCGACUGUUGCAGUUUGUCAAAUUAAAUCAAGUGGGGGAAGACAAAAAGGGCGCGUUACUCUUAACGCAUUUGUCAGAUGAAACAUACCGAUUGGCAAGGAACCUUGUUCAUCCUAAGAAGAUUGAGGAAGUCAAGUUCGACGAGUUGGUGAAGGUACUCGAUCAACAUUUUACUCCGAAGCGCUGUACUUUCGCAGACCGUGCGAAAUUUUACGCGGCUACGCGGGAUAUUGGCGAAAGUAUCGAGCAAUGGGCGGCUCGAGUUCGAGGACUUGCGGUGCAUUGCGAGUUUGGGAGCGCGCUCGAUAUGAUAUUGAGGGACAGGCUCGUGCUGGGGUUCAGGGCAGGACCGGAGCGUGACAAGCUUUUCGAACAGGAUGCUGCAACACUCACGUUCGCGAAAGCCGUAGAAGUAGCUCAGCAGGCGGAAUGUGCAAGGAAGGUGAAGGCCUUACCUACCGUGACCGUUAAGGAAGAGCCACUGUACAAGGCGAGCAUGGGCCGGGCGGGCCAAGCGGCCAGCCGAGACCAGCCUAUGCGUCGGUGUAGUGUGUGCGGUUUGAAAGGGCAUGAGGCUGAUAAGUGUCGUUUUAAAAAUUAUCGUUGCCAAAAAUGUCACAAUAAAGGUCACUUGAAAAAGGUGUGUAGUGCGCGUGUGAACAACAUUUCUGUUGAAGAUGUAACUCCAGACGACCAGGAUUGCAGUGACUGUCAGGAAUGUAAAGUCUUUAGUUUAAGGUGCGUACACUAUGAUCCUAUACUAAUGUCUGUUGCCAUUAACGGAAAGGAGUUUGAUAUGGAAGUCGAUUCCGGUUCGAGCAGUAGCGUAAUUUCAGAUAGCAUGUAUCGAACAGAAUUUUCAGAAACACAGUUAAGUAGUUGUAGUAUGAGAAUAUGUUUCUACAACGGUCAUAAAAUCUUACCUCUGGGUUAUUUUUCCACACAAGUAUCAUUUAAUGGCAUGACAAAGCAAAUUUCAUUUUAUGUCAUAAGAAAUGGAGGUCCAGCCUUGCUUGGGCGAGAUUUUAUGGCCAAGUUCGGAUUAGGUAUAUUGCCUAUAAAUAAAAAUUACAAUUUAAACUGUUCGUGCGAUAUAGAUACCGAUAAGUUGUUAAAUAAAUAUAAAGAAUUAUUUAAUGAUGAUUUGGGUUGUUUUAAAUAUGGCGAAGUAAAGUUACAGCUUAAACAUGGUGUCAAACCGAAAUUUUGCAAAGCUCGACCCCUACCUUUUGCACUUAAGGGUCCCGUAGAGGAGGAGUUGAUGAAACUCGUGGACAAAGGAAUAUUGGUACCUGUCAAUCAUUCCGACUACGCGACGCCUAUAGUACCGGUACGAAAGGCUAACGGUAGUGUAAGAAUAUGCGCGGACUAUUCGAUAACUAUAAAUAACGAUGUAUACAUAGAUACGUAUCCGCUUCCCCGUAUCGAAGAAGUGUUCGCAAAACUUAGUGGAGGGCAACAUUUUUCCAAGUUGGAUUGUAGUCAAGCGUACAAUCAGUUCCGACUUUCCAAAGAUUCUCAAAGGCUUACUACUAUUAAUACGACUAAGGGCCUGUUUAUGUAUACACGUCUCGUAUUUGGAUUGGCAAGUGCGCCCGCGAUUUUUCAACGGGCGCUCGAAAGCGUACUAGCGGGUAUCGAAGGGGUAGCCGUGUUUUUAGAUGACGUGUGUGUAACGGGGCCCACUAAAGAAAUACAUCUGAAAAGGUUAGAGGAAGUUUUUAAGCGGUUCCAAAAUGCGGGGUUGAGGUUAGGUAAAGAUAAAUGUGCUUUUUUUCAGGAAAGCGUCACAUACUUAGGUCAUAUUAUUAAUAAAGACGGGUUACUGAAGUGCCCAAAGAAAGUUGAGGCAAUUGUGAGUGCUCCUCGGCCUAAUAAUGUGACAGAAUUGAAAAGAUUCCUGGGUAUGUCUAACUAUUACCGAAAUUUCGUUCCAAAUGCAUCAUCUUUGCUAGGGCCUUUACAUGAGCUAUUGCGCGCUGACGCGCAAUGGGAGUGGUCAGAGCGGCAGCAGGCGGCGUUCGAGGCGAUGAAGCGCGAGCUGGCGUCAGAUCGCGUACUCACACACUUUGAGCCGAGCGCGCAGCUGACGGUAGCUGUAGAUGCUGGUCCCUACGGUCUUGGGGCAGUACUGGGUCAAAUUGGCCCCGAUGGCAUCGAGCGACCGCUCGCCUAUGGUUCAAGGUCCCUAACAGCCGGCGAGCAAAACUAUAGCCAGCUUCACAAAGAGGCUGCAGCAAUUGUAUUUGGUGUGACACGGUUCCACCAAUAUUUAUAUGGUCGGCAGGAGCCUUUUAUUUUGAAAACGGAUCAUAAACCGCUUUUAGCAAUAUUUGGCAAGAGCAACGCGCGGCGCGCCCCCGCGCGCCCCUCCUUCGCCAUGGGCCCGCCCCACCUCUGCGUGGCAAAGGGUACAUAUAGACUAUUUCUCGGUGGGUCAAAGGUCGUUCUUAAUAGUAGUAGAUGCCUUUAUACGGGGGAAGAGGUGAGAAUCGCGGAGGGAGAGAUGACUGAGACCGAGACUCCUAUGAGUUCGAGUGAAAAUAAUCAGGUAGUUGAAUCAUCGGAGCAUUCUGAGCAACCGGUGCAAGACAAUAGGGAGGGAGUCUCGUCUGGCUCAUCGCCUGCUCCUCAGCCUGGAUGGGAGAUCUUCGCGCACCGCUGCGAGCGCGGCAAGCCAUUCGCCGCGCUCGCCCAGCGGUGGACUCUAUUGCUUAGGUAA